UAUGGAAAGAGAGGGUUCUUGGCAAAGAUCAAGAAACCAUUUCAGAGCAAGGCCAUUUUAGAUCGUAUUAACCAGCAUAAAGAGUAUGUCAAGGAAGCUCGAGAUAAGCUUGUUGGGAGUGCUGUAUUUUCAGCUACUAAACAAAUUACUGCUAUUCAUAAUCAUCUGUUGAGUCCUAAAAUGGUUCAGCCUAUCCGGUAUUAUUAUGGUGUCUGCUAUUCCUCCACCUCCUCCAUCCAUAUUUGAGGGUAGAAAUGAGUUAGUCCAAGAAGGCAUAACCAAUCUUCUUGCUGAUUCUCCUUGUUCUAUUAUCAUUAUGGGAUUUGGAGGUAUGGGCAAAACAUCUUUAGCUUUGAAGUUGCUGCAUAAUGUAGCUGUGAAAGCUAAAUAUGGGGCUCAUAGAUACUUCAUUCCUUGUGAUACUGUCUGCAGUGCUGAGCCUACUGUUGAGGCAUUGUUGGAGACUAUAUCAAAGUUGAUGGAGUUGCAAUUGACUGAUGAUGCAGUAAAACAACUGCAUACUAUAUCAAAGCCAACAAUUUUGGUUUUGGAUAAUUUUGAAACACUUUGGGAGAAUAGUAAAAAUCAACAGGAUGUUCAGAGACUUUUGGAACAGUUGGAUUCUGUGCCACAGAUUAUGCUAAUAAUUACUAUGAGAGGACAAGUUCCUCCUAUAGAUAUAAAUUGGCUAGAACUUCCACAUAAUGGUCUGUUACCAUUAGCUGAAUCUGUCUCAUUGAAUGUAUUCAAUGCUAUUUCAGGGCAUAAUGUUGGUGUGAAAAAAGUCAGUGAACUAGUAGGACAACUAGCAGGAUGGCCAUUGGCUAUUAUGUUGAUGGCACAUCAAGCUAAAACUGUUUCUCCAAAAGUACUUGUUGAAAGCUGGAAGAAAGAAAAGACAUUAUUAUUAGCAAAACCUGGAAUUCAGCCUCAUCGAUUAACAAGUGUUGAUAUUUCAAUCAAGAUAACUCUUGAAUCAUCAUUGAUUUCUUCAAAGCCAGAUGCUUUGAGGUUAUUAAGUGUGAUAUGUAAUUUUCCAAAUGGCAUUCCUACAUGGACUAGUCUAUUGAGUAAAAUAGUACCAGAUCUUGCUCAAAUUACUUUAAUUAUCUUAAAUCUAUUGCAAUCUGGAAUUAUAUAUGAAGAUGAUAAAGAAGGAUUGAGAUUAUUGUCACCAAUUCAGGAAUAUCUCAAAAGCUAUUUUCCACAGUCAGAUAUAUGUAUAAAGAAGCAGUUCUGUGCUUUUUAUCUGAAUGAAAUUACAAAUAGACACCUGAAUAAACUGAUUUCAAGAGAAAAUACAGAAUUUGGUGUAUCACAUUUGAAAAAUAUUAAAUGGCUAUUAAAUAAUAUGCUGGAUAAUGCUAUUACUGAAAGAGAAUUGACAAUUAUAUAUGAUUUUUGCUACUUUCAGUAUUUAAUUUCAGAUUCAGAUAUUUUAUUGCUAAAACUAGUGGAAGUAAUAGAGCCAUUGAAUCUGAAAUAUUUAUAUGCAUCAGCUUUACUGUUAUGGUCUUAUAGAUUGAUGCAACAUAAUCAAUGGAUAAUGGCAGAAAGCAAAAAUAAUGAUGCAAUACAAAUAUUUAAAGAAGUUGAAGACACUUUUGGAGUAGCACAGUGCUUGCAAAGCUUAGGAAAGAUUUUGCAAAUGACACAUCAAUAUUCAGAUGCAACAAAAAAUCUUAAGCAAGCAAUAGAGAUGUUUGAAACUAUUGGGAGCAAUCUUGGAGUAGCACAGUGUUUGCGAAGCUUAGGNNAGAUUUUGCAAAUGACACAUCAAUAUUCAGAUGCAACAAAAAAGCUGAAGCAAGAUUAAUGAAGUGUCUGAAUAUAGUCUACAUUUAAGUAGUCAAUUUCCAUUAAAAAGAUGUGUAUUAUAAUAA